AGGUAGCUGGUGUUGUCUCUCUGCACAUCACCUCUGCUACCCUCCUCCUUGUCCUAAAGCUCUUACCCCCUCCCACUUGCAUCUCGGUCUAGCCCCAUCUGACAGAGCGGAGGAGCGGCAGACCUCUCUACAACUGGAGUGAAGACCACAUGGGAAGUUGAGGACACUUAAAGACAAUAUUGGACAAGGACAUUACAAAAAAAACCUUCAACUUUCACUUAGGGAUUGUGCAAUUUACAAGGAUGAAAUACCAGACUUUGAUUGCACUUGUGGUGGUCUUAUCCUGUCUACUGCUGGUGCCUCAAGGUGGAGAGAGUGCAGGGGGGAUAGUGUCUCUCCAUCACCCCCCUGAGGACAGCGAGGCGGGGGUGCAGCUGUCGAACAAGUCCCCAGACAACCCUCAGGCAGACCAACUACUGGACAGUGGUCUAACAGACACACUUAAGGCAGUCAGAGUAAGAAGAGCACCGGAAGAGGGCAAAAAGAAGAAAAAGGACAAGAAAAACAAAAACAAAGACCCCAACGCCACAAAAAAACCCAAAACAGAAAAGAAGGGCAAGAAGAAAGAAAAGAAAACUACCACCACCCCUCCGACUACAACAGUCAUUCCAACUGAGCCACCCACACAGCCAGAACCCUACACCGAUUAUCCCUAUCCCGACCCUGACUAUUGGAAACCAGACGACGAUGACUACUGGGGGGCUGACACGACUCCGUCCCGACCACAGACAGAGGCCCCCAUUACAGAUGCCCCCAUUACAGAUGCCCCCAUCACAGAUGCCCCCUAUGACUACUGGAAGCCUGAGGAGGAGGACCGGGCAGCUCCUGUCACAGACUCCUAUGAUGACUACUGGAAACCAGAUCAGCCAGAACCAGAGCAAACUGUGACUGAUGGAUACGAUGACUACUGGAAACCUGACGAGACUGACCCGUAUGGUCCAGUGACGGACAGCUGGAAAGAGCCGGAGUCCACACCCCCUUCUCCAGACGUGGAUGGGAAUACUGGGACAGAUGACAGUGAUUACUGGGACGCAACGUUUGAGUUGCCUGAUAAUCUUCCCCUCCCAGAUGGAAAAGAGGUCAGCCCAGAAAUAAAAGUCGAAACCCUCCCAGAGGAGCCCACUACCAUAGCUCCAUAUGAAGGGACUUGGUAUGACGACUAUGACGACUAUGGCAUGAGGAAAAAGGAGACAGACAGUGAGACAGACUCAAAAUGGAUGGAAAAAGAGCGAGAGCGAGCGGAGAAGGAGAGAGAGAGAGAAGAGAAGGAACGAUCGAAGAAACUAAAGGAGGCAGAGGAGCGUGCCAGGAAAAGACCACGGAUCUAUAAAGAGCCAAAAGUAUGUCCUCCUUUGGGAAUGGAGUCACACAGGAUUGAACCGGACCAGCUCUCUGCCUCCUCUGUGUCCCAGUACAGGUUCUCACCCCAGAGGGCACGCCUCAACAUGCAGGGCUCCGAUGAUGAAGACAGUAUGAGAGGCGGAGCAUGGUGUGCGAACUCAGAUGAUCGAACACACUGGUUUGAGAUUGAUGCUCGAAGGGAAACAGAGUUCACUGGGGUCAUAACACAGGGACGAGCCUCUAAUAAUGAGAGUGAUUUUGUGACAUCCUACUUCAUCGCCUUCAGCAAUGACAGCAGGGAAUGGACCACUAUCCACGAUGGAUAUGAAGACUGGUUAUUCUUUGCAAACAAUGAUAAGGACACUCCAGUGAUGAACCGUUUGGCUGAACCGGUUUUGGCCCGUUACAUCCGCAUCAUUCCUCAGAGCUGGAAUGGAUCCCUGUGUAUGCGCCUGGAGAUUCUGGGUUGUCCCGUUCUGGAUCCAGCUGAAGUUCAGUACAGGCAGAAUGAAGUGACUCCAGUGGAUUACCUUAAAUUCAAACAUCAUAGCUACUCAGACAUGGUUGUUCUGAUGAAGUCUGUUCAUGACGAAUGUCCAAACAUAACCAACAUCUACAGUCUUGGCCGCAGCUCCAAUGGACUGGACAUAAUCGCCAUGAUCAUUUCUGGAAAUCCCACAGAGCAUGAAGUAGGUGAGCCUGAGGUCCGGUUCACGGCAGGUCUCCAUGGAAAUGAGGCAGUGGGCAGAGAGCUGUUGCUGUUGUUGAUGCAGUUCCUGUGUAAAGAGUACAAGGACCGAAACCCAAGAGUCCAGCGCCUAGUGGAAGGGAUCAGACUUCACCUGGUACCCUCCCUCAACCCAGAUGGACAGGAGAAAGCUUUUGAAAUGGGAUCAGAACUGAGUGGCUGGACCACAGGUCACUUCACAGAUGAUGGUUUUGACAUUUUUGAGAAUUUUCCAGAUUUAAACACAAUCUUGUGGGAUGCCGAAGACAAAGGCCUUGUGCCAAAACUGAUGCCAAACCAUCACAUCCCAAUCCCAGAAAACAUGGAGGCCAACAACUCGAUUGCAGUGGAGACCAGGGCCAUAAUCUCAUGGAUGAGAAACUAUCCAUUUGUGCUCGGAGCAAACUUCCAGGGCGGGGAGUCAAUUGUGGCCUAUCCUUAUGACAGCUUACGCAUGAACAAACCUGCUGAGAGCCAGAGAGCCCAUAGCCGCAAGAAGAGACAGUAUGAGGAAGAAGACCGGUUUGAUGUGACGGAAUGGGGCAGGGGGUACCAAGAGGAGCCAGAGGAGGACUGGAGGGGCAGAGGAUAUGCAGAACCAGAGGAGGAGUGGCGCGGGCAUGGACACGACCACGGUUAUGAUCAUGGAUAUGAACAUGAGCGUGGAUAUGAGCACGAGCGUGGAUACGAGCAUGGAUAUGAAAAUGGAUAUGACCCAAGCCAAGGGUAUGGGCAUAGGGAGGAGGAGGAUGAGGAAAGGAGAAGAGGGGAUGGAGGAGGAGGGUAUGGGUACACAGAACCUGAGGAUGAGCCCAGAACAACAGCAGAUGAGUCCCUGUUCAGAUGGCUAGCUGUUUCCUACGCCUCCACUCACCUCACCAUGACACACAACUACCACGGGUCCUGCCACGGAGACACAGCAGCAGGGGGGUACGGCAUUGUCAACAGAGCCAAGUGGAAGCCUAUCACAGGAAGUAUGAAUGACUUCAGUUACCUGCACACCAACUGUUUUGAGUUGUCCAUUUUCCUGGGCUGUGACAAGUUUCCACAUGAGACUGAACUGACGCGAGAGUGGGAGAAAAACAGAGAAGCAAUGCUCAUCUUUUUAGAGCAGGUACAUCGUGGAAUAAGAGGCAUUGUGAAGGAUGAGCAGGGCAACCCAAUAGGAAAUGCCACUAUUUCAGUAGAAGGAGUAAACCAUGAUGUCACCACAGCUCCAUCAGGUGACUACUGGCGGUUGUUGAACCCAGGGGAGUAUCGUGUAACAGCCCGAGCAGAGGGCUUCUCUCCAAAGACUCAGCUGUGUGUGGUUGGAUACCAGCCCGGAGCAACAGCCUGCAGCUUCAACCUCGCAAAGUCCCACUGGGACCGCAUUAAACAGAUCAUGGCUCUUCAUGGAAAUAAACCAAUCCGCCUGGUCACCCACGGCAACACCAGAACCAGCGUGGUCCAUGGGAAUAGGCGUGUUGUUGUGAACAGUGGUUCUCGCUUGAACCGCGAGCGGCAGAGAAGGAUCAGGAUAGCCCGUCUCCGUCGCCUUCGCAGACAGAGGUUACUGAGGCUGAGAAUGACUACAACUACAUUACCUACAACUACAAUUCCCACAACUCCUGAGACCACUACUUCCUGGUAUGACUCAUGGUUCAUAGAGGGACAAUCUUCCACACCUGGAGGGUUCACAGACUCCAUCGUGGAUUUUAACUAUGAGUAUAAGAUUGAUGACUAUUAAAGCGACAUCUGCUCUUACAACCCCCUUUUCCCUUCUCACUGCACUGUUGAUACAAAAAAAUGAGGUUUGUUUGUUUGAAUGCCUGUCAGGCUUUGAGAAUUCACUCCAAAACAUCACAAUAUUGUUAUUUGUGUAUAAAUAAAAUGUCUCUUUUUAUAAAUAGACCUAUUUAUUCUUGUUCAGUCGCGCAACAUGUCAGACCUGAUUUGGAUACAAUCACAUUUUGUUAAGUUUAUUUUGGAAAAAUUAAAACAAUUUUGACAGUAA